UUCUCUUUUCAUCGGAUAUAUAAAGUUCAAGCUAGGCACUCAAACUUUCUACGCAGAAGGCGAAAAUAAACAUAUAUACACACAAAGAAGUUAUUACAUUACAUACAUAUUUUUCAUCUUUGAAUGGAUUUUAAUUCUUCUCUAUUUUCAUGCCAAAGUCUAGAAUCCCAUCUCAAUUCAUGGGAAGAGCUGUUUUCGUUCAACAACCUUCCCUUGAAUGCAACAAAUGAAUCGUCCUUGGACUCCAAAUCUUCAUCCUCCAAUGAAGGAAUAAUGGAGUCACAAGAAAUCACCUCCAAUAUUACAUGUGACGGCCACGUUGAAGAAAAAUAUUCACCACCACCAUCACUACUAGAUGGUUCUAAGCGAGAGAAGAGGACCUAUAGAGGAGUAAGAAGCAGGCCAUGGGGAAAAUUCGCAGCAGAAAUAAGAGACCCCACAAGAAAUGGGGUUCGAGUAUGGAUUGGAACAUUUGUCUCUGCUGAAGAAGCUGCUUUGGCUUAUGACCAAGCAGCUUUCUUGACAAGGGGUGUUCUGGCUACCCUUAACUUUUCAGUGCAAGUGGUGAUGGAGUCCCUUCAAGACAUGGGUUUCAAGGCAUUGAAAAAUGAUCUCUCACCCGUGUUGGCACUCAAGAGGAUGCACGUGACGAGAACAAAAUCUAGGGCUAGUAGGAGUGGAAACAAAAAGGUUAAAAGGGCUUGCGGCAGCAACGGGAAAUGGGACACUAGUACUCAAAAUUUGUUGGUGUUGGAGGAUUUGGGUCCUGAAUACCUAGACCAACUUUUGAGCUUCACUUGCCCUGGUUCUUGGUGCUGAAAUUGGGGACCGUCUCCAGGAAAAGUUUGAAACAACAAAGCAUUUAUUGAUUUAAACUCAUUCACUGCUAGUGUUUAUUCUUCAAGUUCUAUAAAUUUUGAACAAAUAAUAAGAAUAGCAAGGUUGACAUUUUUACAUCCUUAGUUUUUACACUUACUUUUUUUUAACUUCUCUGUACCAACAACGACGGAUCGAGAAAUUUUAUUUAAUGGGAAUAAAAAAAUAGUCUA